GUACACGUUUUGUGUGUUAGUGUUCAUUAGUUUUGAUUUAUAAAAAUUGAUACUAUUUAUUUAAACUUUUAUAUUGUUAAAUAUGAAUUUUCUAAACUGUUUUAUAUUAAUCGUUAUUUUAAUUCAAUCACUACUGUCAAAUUUUGUAUUAACCAAUUUAAACGAAUAUCAAAAAAUUCAACGUCUUAAUGAAAUACUUGCGAAUGUGGACAUACGGGAUAAAUUCAAGAAUAUAAAAGUUAUACAUGGAGAUCUAAGAUUACCAGUUGAUAAAAUCUUUGAUAGUAACGACAAUAUAAAUAUACAUCAGAAUAAUACACAAUUUGUUGAAAUGCCUGUUGAAUUACUUUCGUCAACAUAUUUGCAUGUUAAUUUAAGCAAUUAUAAAAAAAAGUGGUUAUGAAUUAAUCUGUGAAGAUGAAAUAAAAACACAAGAUAGAACAAUGACCUUACAAAUAAAGAAUUUGCUUAUAAGAAAAAUCAAUGAAUAUAAAGAAUUAGCACGUAGACUUCGGUUGUAUGUAUUGUUUUUUAAAAGUUUAUUCCCUGAUGGUAAAGAUAUUGUAAGUUCCACUGACGCACUUUUUUCAAAACUAUCGUCCAUAAAAAAUAUGCCAAUUCCUAAAGAUGAUGAUUUGUUUGCAAAUAAUUUGAAAAAAUCAUUAGAUAAAUCAUUUAAGGAUUUGAGUAAUUCUGCAAAAAAUUCAUGUUCUUAUGAAAACAUUAUUAAUCGCAUAAAUUCAUAUUUAAAAGAAUACUAUGAUUAUAAAUUAGCUAAUGCAGAUUAUAAGGAAAGCUUUGCAGAAUGUAUGAUUGCUAUCUUUGACGAAUAUGUAAAACAAACUUAUGAUUUAUUUACACUGUUGACAUUAAAUAAAGUAACUAUUGAUACACAAUAUUCAAUUACCAAUUAUUAAUGUUUAUAAAACAUAUAUGAAA